GUGACAUCCAAGCCGAGGAGGAUGUGCUGGAGUGGCUGAUCGAGCAGAGGCACGAAGACACCAUUGAGAACAUCAACAGACAGCUUCUCUACACGCUUAUCGAUACUCAGGAUUACCUCGCUGUCUAUUUCUUCAACGAGGAGAACGACGAGUGUCCCAAGGUGCUGCGCGUGUUGGAGAAGAUCGACGACGAGGCGGCCGAGUACGGGAUACAGCUGGUGAAGAUGAACGACAGACUCAUGGCCAAGAAGUACGGCUUCAGGAACCCCCCGGGACUCGUGUACUUCAGGAAGGGCAAGCACACAAGUGGAGAUGGUGACCUCUACGACGACGAGGACGUGCUGGACUGGCUCACGGCCCCCGAGAACAUGGAGCUCAACGACGCCAUCGAGAAGGUCAACAGGAAGAUGUUCGAGAGGAUCAAGCAGACCACAGACUAUCUGGCCGUCUUCUUCUACGCCGAAGAAGGCUGCAAACAGUGCCAGAAGGUCCUCGCCGAGCUGGAGAACAUCGACGACGAGGCCGACGCCAACGGGAUCGACUUCGUGAAGAUCGACGACUCCCAGCUGGCGAAGGAGGUCGGCGUCUUCGCUCUCCCGGCCAUCGUCUUCUACCGCGCAGGCUCCGAGGAACCCAUCAUCUACGCCGGCGAUAUGAAGAACGAGGAGAACCUUCUGUCGUGGCUUCUGACGGAGAAAGACCCAACAGCUGACUUCAUCGAGGACAUGUAUGGAGACGCCCUCUUGAGAGUCAUCAGGGAUUCAGAUGCUAUCGCUGUCUAUUUCUACACCAACGCCUGCAGCACUUGCAUGAAGGUCCUGGAGGAGCUGGAGAACAUCGACGACGACACGGACAGGAUCGGCGUCAAGUUUGUCAAGACCCAAGACGCCAAAGUGGCCGAGCGGUACGGCGUGGUCAGCAUGCCGGCGCUGCUGUACUUCGAGCACCAGAUCCCGACCGUCUACGAAGGAGACCUGUUGGCGGAGGAGGACGUCCUACAGUGGCUCAUCCUUCAGAAGACGGAGGACAGGAUUGAGACUAUCAACAGAAACAUGCUGGAGGUCAUGCUCGAAGACACUCAGUACCUCGCCGUGUUCUUCUACAAGCCCAACUGCCGGGCUUGCGAUACCGUUCUGGCGGAGUUGGAGAACAUCGACGACGAGUGCGACGUCUACGGCAUCCACAUGGUCAAGAUCCAGGACACGCAGCUGGCCAAACGCUACGGCAUCAAGACCCUCCCGGCGCUCAUCUACUUCCGCAACGGCAACCCGCUCAUCUUUGACGGAGAUAUGCAGAACGAGGUUAGUGUGCUGGAAUGGCUGACUGAUGAUGAGAACCGGGAGUUGGACGGAGAAAUCGAGGCUGUUAAUGUUAGGAUGCUAAAACGCCUCAUGGAUGAGUCUCCCUUCAUUGCCGCUUACUUCUACGAAGACGACUGUGCGGACUGUGAACAGGUCUUGCAAGAACUCGAGAACAUCGACGACGAGGUGGACAUGUUCGGCAUUGAUUUCGUGAAGAUCAAUGACCCAGAUGCCGCCCAGAGGUUCAACAUCCUGCACACGCCCGCCCUCGUCUACUUCCGGAAGAAGACGCCCCUGGUAUACGACGGUGACCUCUUGGACGAGGAGAAAGUGUUUAACUGGCUGACCUCUCAAGAUGUGUUCGAGAUCAAGGACGAGAUCGAGGAAGUGAACAGGAAGAUGCUCGAGAAACUGCUGGACGAGAACGACUUCGUGGCCGUGUUCUUCUACGAGGACAACCCCAAGUGCGAAGAAGUCCUCACGGAGUUGGAGAAGAUCGAUGACGACACGGACGACCUGGACAUCACCUUCGUCAAGAUCAGGGACACGCGGUACGCCAAGAAGUACGGCAUUCAGAAGCUCCCCGCCCUGGUCUACUUCAGAAGGAGGUUCCCGAGCAUAUACAGAGGAGACCUCAUGGUGGAGGACGAGGUGCUGGAGUGGCUGCAGAAGAACCGGUUCAAGCAUCCGGAAUUGAACCUCUUCAUGUACGCCACCGGAGCCAUCACCUUCGCGUUCAUCAUGUACACUUUCUUCCUCAUUUUCUGCUUCAAGACCCCACACCAGAAGGCCGCGUGAUCACGUCUGCCCAGCUAGAUCUAUCUGAAUGAAAUUUAAGUCUUUUUUUUUAGUUUUUUUCGGUUUGCGUACGAUCGUUAUUGCUGUUUAUUUAUUUAUUUUUCUGAAGAUAUCAAAGCAUAUCAGAUUGCUGCGACUUAGGCGGUUGUGUUCUAUAGCUGUGGGGGAUGGAGGACAGGAGCGACUUACAAUGGAUGUGAAGUAACACUAUAUUCAUAUUCACGCAACCUGAAGGAUCUGAAGGAAACAUCAUUUCACUAAUCAUGACUAAUGGAAAUGGAAAAAAAAAUGAGUCCAGUCGUGACCGUUUCAUGAGGAAACUCUUAAUUGUGAUGAAAUUCACGACAUACGUAUUUUGGACCGUAGACGAAAAGAAAAGAUGUAUUGUCAGUCAAGGGGAAAUCUAGAUGCAAUGUUGUGAUGUUUUCAGUGCUCAAUAACAAGCGAUUUCCUAAACAAUGUGAUAGCUUAGCAUGUGCGUGCUCGAACAGGGCAGUAAAAGUACCUCACUUGGAACUCUCACUGCCCAUUCGGUCUCACAAUGUCAGCAAACGAAAACAAAACAAAACAAAACAAAAAAAAACAUUUUAAACAAUGACCAUACAGCCACAGUGAACUGCUUCAAACCUCUGGGUCAAAUCACAUAAUAGAAAUCCACACGAAUUGAUAAAGAAGAAGAUAAAUACAUAGAUGUAUCAUCUAUCGCGGCACUGUGUUGACAAAUCAGAUUCACUGUGGCUGAAAAAUAACACUAAUGCCUUGCUAAUGCUAACGUUAUGGAGUAAGGCCGAAUAGAAUCGAGAAAGCGCCGUUCUUUUGCGCUUGCCGCGUGAGGGGGCGGGCGCUCUCCCAGUCUGGCGUGUGUCCGGGGCGCUGUGAGACUCGUCUUUUUCACUCGUCUUAUUCAUACACUCCUACGCCCUUCUCCUGUUCCAUCCUCCUUCAUCUUUUUUUCAUCCUUUUCUAUGACUCCCCCCCCCCCCGGUCUCCCCCCUGGCUUUGACUGAUGGCUUUUACCGCGAAGGGGAUUCACAGCGAAAUCCUGGAGACCUGGGAAGUAUUGGUGUAAAUUUACAGAAUAUUCUAGAUUCAAAGUUCUUCAUUUAAGAAAAAGGGUCAGGAGUUUUGUUUUCUAUUGAAGAAAGAAAAGGUGUUACAGGCAUGAAUGGCAUCCCUUUACUUUUUUAUACUCUCUGCCAUGGGUUUAACCAAUAGAAAUCAGUCAGAACUGGCCUGUUGUAUUUCUCCUUUCCAUUUCAAUGUUGGUAGCGUGUCUGUUAUGUGUACAGUGUUAAAAAGAGUCCAGCGUCUUAUAUAUAACUAUUUCUGCCAUAGACAUAUGGGGAUUCUUUUGAUGUUCCUAUGUUCGCUGUGACUCUGUACCUUGUUCGUGUAUAAGGCAUUUACGCAAACUCGUUUCUUACACUAAACUCAUGAAAUGUUUCCGUCUGUGAAGUGGAGGAAGUGGACUGUAAUACCCUCCAAAUGUAGCAUGACAUAACGGAAUGACAGAAUAUUUAGAAGUGCUGAUUUGAUGAGAUUUUUUUAUAUAUGCAUUCACAUAUAUCUCUAAACUAAAAUUAGUUGUAUAGCUAGCAUCACCUCCUUCACAGACAGAAUUUAAAACCGUAGUGAUAAACAAUGUUAUCCUUUGUUACAUGUAAAGUUCUUCUUCUUUAACCUGUAUAACCUUUUAUAAGCAUUUUAAGCAAGACGACACACAAGUACACUCUUCUCUGGAAGACGAGUUACAAUGGUGAUUGUUAAGUACUUAAGAAUGUUACUUAAGACUGUUACUGCGCAAUGUUAGCGUCGUGAGAAGUAGAGAUGUCCGUCCGCUAGUGCUCUCUGCUGCUGCUACAGUUAAUUGCAUAUUUAUUCGUUAUUCAUAUCUCAAAUAAUGUUUUACACUUGAGCUUUCUUAGCUUUUUUUAAUACACAAUAUUUUGUGAUGUUAUAACAACGUUUCUCGCAGAAUCAAUGGAUGUCUGGUAGAGUUUUUUGAGAUAGCUACUGCUGUUAUAAUAUUAACUUUUGAUAGAAGUUAUAAACGCAAAUAUUUUAUGAAGUAAAUGCGUUCUCCAUAGCACCAGGUGUAAAUAGAAUUGCAGUUCAGUAAAUUUUUAGUCAUACCUAUAAAAUCACCUGUAAAAGUAACUAAACAAAAUGAAGUCAGAACUUGUCUUCCACUCGGACUAAGGAACAGUAUAUGACACAGUUCCUAGACCCAGUUCCCUUUCCUACGUGUCCGCUCGAAGCUUCCCUUUUCCCCUCACUCUACCGUAGCCAAUUCUACCGGUAUAUCUUCCUUCAUAUUUCGUUUAUCUACUGCCAUCUUUUCUGACCCCGCUCCCCUUGUUCACACAGCUAGACUUUUGGCUAACAUAGUGGUAAAAUACGCAAUGUUCUGUACAUUCUGACUUCCAUGUAUAAUAAAGAAAUAUUUGCUA